AUGGCUUCUAAUGAGUUCAUGGAUAAAAUACGUUCGUUUUUUGGUUUGAGGGUGGAGCCGCCUCGGAACGAUUUUCGCAAUCCCAUCUGGAGCACCGACGAUGACGAUGAUGACGAACUAUAUAAUAGACAGCAAAUAGAUGUGUUUAAGGAUUCCUUAGAAUUGCAUAGAGAAUUGACAAGGCAUAUGCAGGAAAUGUUUUCUUCUUUCGGCAGCAUGUUUGGCGAUAUGAAAACAUUUCUUCACGACGGCGCCAUAGAUUCUUUCGUAACAGAUCUGCCUGUACGGGAGGAACCGGAGCAAUUCGUUAAUUCCAGCAGUAUAAGGGAUUACUACCUAAAGCCUGGGUAUCAAAAUAAUAAAAACGAACACCUUGAAGGGGAUAAAGAUCUGGAUGGUAAAAUAUCAUCCCACGAAAUAUCAGGUCUGUUGAAAAAUAAUGACGAUCGGAUCGUACCUUCCAAUCGUUACGAUAACGUCAUAUCAGGUAGGCCAUUUUGUCAGACUAUAAUAACAACCAGUGUCACAAAACCUGAUGGCUCUACUGAAACGAGGAGGAUAGUAAAAAAGGGCAAUGAAGUGAUUGAAGAAACAAUAACAACUACUGAUCCGACGAGUUAUAGAAAUCCUAACAUUUCUGAUACAAGUAUUAUGGCAUCAACAGCUGGUGCUUCUCCUGUGGUCGCAUAU